UGUAUUAUUUUUGAGAACGAUUUUGAACGAAUCAAAAUGGAUGCUGGGUGUGAAUGAACUACUGAAAAACGAAUUUAAGUUGUGUCGUGGGCUCUAAUAAAUCGGUAAUUAAUCCGGCAUAGAAGUAUUGUUUUGUAACUAUUUAGUCAGUGACAAGCCCACGAGUGCCCUACAGUAAACAAGUGCCCGCGUUCACUCGUCAAUUUGAUGGUUGCCGUGUCGGAAUGUGUGUAGUGGAAGGUUUCGACGGAGCUUUUUACACUCGCAGGUGGCUCUCGUAAGAUGAGGACUCGGGUGGUUCUAUUGAAUGUUGAUCCGAGUGCGGGAGUGGUGCGAGUGCAGCCGCCGCGCCCGCAGGGCCCGACAUGGCGAGUGUACGCGAACUAAAGUGUCAUUUACGUACUGUUUGAGUGGUCAGAAAUGAAAUGCAUAUACAGGAAGGAACAAACACAACUCUGACAACAUGUACCAAAAUGACAGAGGAAGUAGACAGAAGACAUGGCGUGAAUGGUAACAGCGGCAGCAAGGGCGGCGAGGAGCCCGCGCCCUCCGCGGCGGCGCCUGGCGGCAGGCUCAAGUUCUUCAAAGAUGGCAAGUUUAUCCUGGAGCUGGUGCGCGGCGCGGCGCGCGAGGGGGAGCGCGCGGGCUGGGUGUCGGUGCCGCGCAAGACGUUCUGGCCGCCGCCCGCCGCGCCGCCCGCGCCCACCGCGCACCCGCCCCGCGCCGAGCGCGCCGCCUCACUUAGUGUAUCUGACGACAACAGCUCAAUACAGUCGUCACCAUGGCAGCGGGAUCACUGCUGGAAGCAGGCCAGCCCGCGCCGGAAUAUCUCCAAAGAGCUAACGUUUUUCUACUGCCGGCCGAGCACGCUGCACUCGCGGCUGAUCGAGGCGGGCAGCCGCCGCCGCCGCCGCCGCCCGCUGCUCGCGCCCGACGCCGUCAACGGCCGCCGCGUCAACGGCGACGCGCACAACGGCGACGACGUGGACGUCGUGGACGCGCCCGGCGACGACGACCGCGAGAAGUACUACCACAUGAAGCUCAAGAAACCGCAGCAGUAUCACAAGCAGAGGGUGUACAAGAAGACGCGCGCGGCGGUGCGGCCGGCGCGCCUGGCCACCGCGCUGGAGCGGCUAGCGGCGCGCGCCCCCGCCCCCGCCCCCGCGCCCGCGCCCGCGCCGCCCGUGCACCACGCGUUGGCCUCGUGCCGCCAGGAGCACGCGCUGGUGUCGCCGCGCAAGCGCAUCCUGCGCGAGCUGGAGCGCGUGAGCCUGGAGGACGCGAGCGGCAAGCGGCGCGCGCGCCCCCCGCCCCCCGCCGCCCCGCCUCGCCCCCCCGCGCCCGGGCCCAGCCGCGAGCGCGCCGGCAAGCACGUGUCGCCCUACAGCAUCCACUCGCUGCUGUCGCCGGACGCGCCGCGCCGCGCCCCGCUGCGCCCCGUGCCGCGCCGCGAGGAGCUGUUCUACCCGCUGUACCGCGCGCCCGCGCCGCUGUACUACUACCCGCCGGGCGCCUGGCCGCCGCUGCAGCACCCGCUGCUCGACCACCGCCUGCCCAAGGACGAGCCCUCCUCGGAUUUGCCGCUGAAUCUGUCGAAGCACUAGAGGCGGCGGCGCCACUGAGCGCGCACUAAAGAUAUUUACGUCAAGUCUAUAUUAUUUUGUUAUCGUGAGACAUGCAUUUUAAAUGUGUAGAAAUUGUUUUCUACGGUAUCUGUACAAACAGAUGUAAGACUAAUGUUAUGGUUAAGCAUAGAAUCUAUGCAGUGAGAAUGUAGUCGAAUGAGCUAGCGGCGCGAGUCGUGUUCACAUUCCAUCCACUCAGCGGUCGCCCCCCCCCCCUCCCCCCUCCCCCCAGAGGACGCGGGGGGGCACGUAGUCCAACAUCCCACCUAACUAAAAGCUUUUGCUCACUUUGGGGUUAAUGUAAAGUAAAAAUAAUUUUCAGAUGAAAUACUUACAGGUUUGCCGCGAAGCAAACGGUAUUUUUCUAUAAAAUGGGAUUUUCCAACUCGACAUAUAUUUAUAAUACACUAUGAAUUAAAUAUUAUAUUUUAAUAUAGACGUAUCUAUGUAUGCAGA